CCUUGUGACAUUGACCUCUGCCUCUCCCAACUUUGGCGGAUAUCUCCGAGCCGCAACGCAGCAUAACCACUGCGCGUUUAGGCACUGCAAGACGACACAAUUAUACGCGCCGGCCCAGCUUUUCUUGCAGCAAUACAGCAAGGAGCGAGCACCAUGUCGAUGCUCUGGGCCAAAUACAACCAGGCGCUGGCCGCGCAGCCGCUCGUCGUCAAGGCGAUGACGUCGCUCAUCGGCUUCACGGCCGGCGACGUGCUCGCGCAGAAGGCCGUCGAGGGCAAGGAGGAGUGGGACGUCGCGCGCACGGCGCGCAUGGCGACCUUCGGCGCGCUCUGGCACGGCCCGAGCGGUCACUACUUCUACGGCUUCCUGGAUCGGAUGAUGCCGGGCACGGCGAUGAAGACGGUCUUCAGCAAGGUCGGCAUCGACCAGAUCGCCUGGAACCCCAUCUUCGGCAUCGUCUUCUUCACGUCGCUGGGCCUGAUGGAGGGCAAGUCGACGGACGAGAUCCAGACCAAGAUCAAGAACGACCUGCCCACGGCGGUCACGGGCUCGUGGGCCUACUGGGUACCGGCGCACUUCGUGAACUUCCGUUUCAUUCCCGGCGAGCAGCGGCUCCUCUACAUCAACUGCAUGCAGAUCAUGUACAACAUCUUCCUCUCGUUCCUGGGGAACCGCGACGCGCCCGAGACUGUCGCGGAGAAGAAGGAGUGAGCGCUGCCGCCGCGCGCGCCUUGUGUAAAUAUCAAGACGUC